AUGUCCAGCAACCGCGCCCGCCGCAUCGCCAAGGAAAUCACAGACAUCCACAACGACACGCACUCAGGCAUCUCCGUCGAGACGCAUGGCGCCGAUGACCUGACGCACCUGCGCGGGUUCUUCCAGGGCCCGCCCGACACGCCGUACGAGGGCGGCCGGUAUGCCGUCGACAUCAGAAUCCCCACGGACUACCCGUUCCGGCCGCCCGUCAUGAAGUUCGAGACGCGGAUCUGGCACCCGAACGUCAGCUCGCAGACGGGCGCCAUCUGCCUCGACACGCUCAGCCAGGCCUGGUCGCCGGUCUUGACGAUCAAGUCUGCGCUCAUCUCGCUGCAGUCGCUGCUCAGCACGCCGGAGCCCAAAGACCCGCAGGACGCAGAGGUCGCCAGCAUGCUGAUCAAGCAUCCCGCGGAGUUUGAGCACAAAGCGCGCGACUGGGCCGUCAAGUACGCGGGCGCGCCGGUCAAGGAGGACGGCCAGGGCAGCGGCGGCACUAACAAUGACUCAGCCGCCCGCCGCCGCAAGGAGAGCAAGGGCGAGCAGGAAAAGCAGAAACUCGCUGCGUAUCACGGCUAUAACAAGGACUUGAUCGACCGCUUCGUGGCUAUGGGCUUUGAAGUCGACAGCGUGGUCGCUGCAUUCGAGUACGUUGGCAUCGACAAGAACGGCGGGCAGGACUACGAGCUCGAGGAAGCGUACAUGGGCGACAUCACGGCGCGCCUGUUCGGCGAGGCGUAA